CAAACACAUGUUAAGUUUGAGAUGGCCAUCCUGGUCUCGUGGUUCAUUGUUGCGCCUUUGGUCAAUGCAGCGCCGAAGAGGAUUCAUGACAAUCUUCGUGUUGGAACAUUCCUAUCAGGGCUAACAAGGCAUCCUCUCACUGAUGAAGAGUUUCCGCUCACGGCAACCCGUGAAUUCAUCGAUUUGAUGAAGCACAGCACUCCCUUUGAAGAUGGCGUUGAAAACGGUAUCAUUGGGGAUGAUUCGAGCUGGGUGCACUACAAUUGGCCCGAGAACUUUACCAUCAGCUUCCGCAGAGAUGGAUAUCCUGAAAGCCUGCCACAGUUUACCAUGUGGGGAAGUCUCAGACAGAGCUCAGUGAAAGCCACCAUUGGUGCGGGUGGCGCAUUUAUUGAAGAUGGCGAGUACGUUGCCACUUGGGAGGGCAGAGGCAAUGUCUCUUGGGAAGGCGAUGCAUCACUCCUACAAAUGGAGGACAGCGCUGCAAGAGUACUUGUCCGACCGAAAAGUGGAAUCAUAGUGCGGAUCAUUGAAACUGAUGAGGCUGAUCCACUGCACGCUUUGACUUUAAUUCCAGUUGCCUACGCUGGCAAUGUCACACAGAUCUUUCAUCCACACUUCUUACAGAAGCUAAACGGGACAAGCGUUCUACGCUUCUCCAGCUGGCAGAUGGUCGACAUGUGGGAUCAUGAUGGAUCUUUGACACGCAAUUGGGACAACAGAACUUUACCAACAGAUCAGACCCAAGCAGGGCUCGGUGGCGUUUGCGUUGAGUACAUGGUGGAGCUCGCCAACCGACUGGGUGCAGACCCGUGGUUUUCGAUGCCGAAGGCAGCUGAGACAGAGAGCGACAGUGUGGACCCUUACGCGAUGGCCUUCGCGCUCUUGGUGAAUCAAACUCUUGACAGCAAUCUCCGAAUCUACGUCGAGUACCGCUCUUGCUGCCGAGCCGGCUUGGCUCCUGGUUGGGAUUCAGACAAUGCUGUGCAGUCACUGGUUUUGUGGAAAAGCUGGGAGCAGGCUGGUGUUGACCCUUCCAGGGUCGUUAAUGUUAUGUCUGCUUUGCAGCAGCUGACUAAGCUUUACGGGAGCAGUGUGACAAGCGUUGAAGCUGCAGCCAUUGACGUAUCGUUCUCAGAUGUUUGCAAGUAUGGUGAGACUCCAUGUGUGGAUUUCAACUCCUUGGAGGCGAAUGGUACGUAUGGCGGCUUGACGCCUCUCGAGCUCAUUGAUGCUGUCAUCCGACCCGCCAUGCUGAAACAGGAAGUGGAAAUUAAUGCAAGAGUGCAGCAAGCGUUGUACUACGGUUUCGAGAUUAUUGCAUUUAACGCUAUGCCACUCAUAUCAGCCCGAAGCUAUGGGCACCGUGGCAAUCUGAACUGGGCACUGGGCUGUGAGUCAUGCCUCAUGUCAGCUUUGGGCCGGCGCUAUGGUGCAAGGGAGCGCUCCCAGCUGGCUGUGGAUGGUUGGGUCCAUGAGGUGGACUUCGAAGCCUACAAGGCAUACCAGGGCCUUCAAGAAGAGGAUCGUGCACUCGAUGACCAAGGUUCUUACUGGUUGGUCGGAUCACCAUCAGAAGCAAAAGCUCAUUGUCAAGCUAUGUCAGAAUGUGACGGCUUUUCUUACUACAAAUCGGGUGAAUGGAGCUGCGGAGUCGGGAAUGACUUUAGAUAUGGCGAUUGCGUCACACCUGGAGCUGCGUACUUUUUCAAAAGAACACGAAUCCAGUCUGGUGAACGAAAGCCGCCAACACAUUGCUCGGCCUUCACGGUCCCUGGUGAUCCAUACAAUCAAUGCGUAACGGGACGGAUGGACUCCUACUUCAAAGCCGACGCUGAAAUUCCAGGCUUUGCGACAGCGGCGGAAGCUGACUUGGCUGCUCGAGCUUCGUGUGUUCACAAGUGCCAAAUUGCUUACACCCCCGCGCCAUGGGAUCCACCAGCAGAAGGCUUCACUCUGGAUGACCUUCGUGAAAUCCUUCCUGCAGUGAUCGCAGCAGCUGAGGGUGAGCAGAAGUUGGAAAACAUGAUGAUUGAAGCCUUCCGUGACCCUGUCAUGGAGGAUUUGAUGCUGGAAUACUUAGAGCGAUUGCGACUCAUCGGCUUCUCUACAGUUGUGGGUGGGCAGAUGGUGCGACAAGCCCGACUUUGUCGGACAGGAGGAAAGGCUUGUGGCCAAGCCUCUGUGAUGCUUCAUUGGGAUGACGAUAGCCCCAUCCGCCGUGCAAUGACGGGCUAUGUCCAGGGGCGUCGCGCUACACCUGAAAAGCCAUCGCCGCCAGCACCCUCAUGCCCACAAAGAUGUAUUUACGGCAUUUGCGAGCUAGGCUCCUGCAAGUGUUGGAAGGGGGCCAGUGGAGCAGAUUGUUCCAUUCUGGCACCCGUUGAAUGUCAUCGCGGCAGACGACUUGGCCUGUCACUCUCAGGUGUGAGUUACUGGACAAGGGAGUGGAUUUUUGUGGAUGUGUUCAAGCACGUCGGCGAGUGGAUUGCUCAAGAGUUGACAUCCUAUGACUGGAACACAGGCACAGAGCUAGACCUGCGGAGUGAUGGAUAUCCUGCUCGCCUGGAACUGAAUCAAGUCGCCACACUCUUGACGGUCCGGGAUGUUGAGCGGCACUAUGUUGGUGGAUGGUACACAGUUAUCUAUGAUGGAGAAGGUAUUCUUGACUUUAGCAUGGAUGUGACUUGCGUACAUCGAAUGUCUCGGAAUCACAUUCAGAUCUACGUGAAUCUCACAACUGGGCUGAACAAUGGCAUUGGUAUUCGUCUCACUGAUACGAAUGAAGCCGAUCCUGUCAGGAACAUUCGGAUUGUCACUCCCGGCUUCGAAGAGACAUAUGAGACAUCUCCUUUUCACCCAGCAUUCCUUGCAAGUCUUGAAAACUUCACAGUUCUUCGCUUCAUGGAUUGGAUGCACGCCAAUAGUGGCAAUACUCCUGAAGAAUGGGAAGAUCGAGUCACCCCAAGCUACUACACUCAAGGCUCUCAUCCCGGAGUCAGUCUUGAGUAUAUGGUUCGACUCUCCAAUGAAGUUGGAGCAGAGCCAUGGUUUUCCGUCCCAGUGAAUGCGACCGAUGACUACAUUCAAAAUUUUGUUCAGUACGUCUCAGACAAUUUGAGACCUGACCUUGGCAUAUACAUUGAGUUGGGCAAUGAAGCAUGGCAUCCCAAAUUCUUCGGCGGUCAGUGGGCUCAACAGCAAGGUGCAGCUGAAGGUCUUUCUCAACUUUGCUGGUACGCCAAGCGGUCAGGGGAGAUGGCACAAAUCACGAAGAGUGUUAUUGGCAGUUCUCGAAAUGUCACCGCCGUGGCCAACACGCAAGCUUCCAACUGGGAUGCCAUGAGUCAGCUGCUUCAAUGUGAAGGAAUCAACGACAUGGAUGCCUUUGGGGUGGGGCCAUACUUCAAUGGCUACAACCUACUUCCAAAUCCAGAUGCUGAUUUGGAUUUGGUUUUGAGUUCAUACGAGUCAGAAGUGAACACGUCAAUCCAGUGGGUACGUGACCACAAAGUGGCACUGGAAGGCACAAAGUUCAAGCUAGUGUCUUAUGAAUCUGGGCCUGCGGGAGAGGGAGACGGAAGUGCAAAUGAUCUUGCCAUCCAAGCGCACCGCAAUCCAAGAAUGAAGCAGAUACUUCGUACUUAUUUGGAAGAGCUGAACAAAGAUCUGGACCUCAUGGUCUAUUUUGCAAGCUGCGGGAAGCCUUCACAGUAUGGCUCCUGGGGAAUGAUUGAAGCCAUGGACCAGCCCAGAGAAGACGCUUAUAAAUAUCAAGCAGUUCAGGAGUUCUUGUCUAGCGGAAUGCCACCAUCUUGCAGUGUUGAAAGACAGGAUUGUGAAGCUGCAGAUGGUUGCUCAGGUAAUGGGCUUUGUGGUGUGGAUGAUCAAUGUUACUGUUACCGUGGGUUUUCAGGAACAACUUGCCUAGACGCAUCAUUUACAGAUUAUAGCUCUUGUGGCUAUCGAUGCACGUUCGACCAGGGAAUCUGCCAAGUAUCAGAAGUGAUUGGCAACUUGCGAAGCUGGGCAUGCAACUGCCGAGCAGAAUACAGCGGUGGCAAGUGCUCUAGAUUCUCUUGUCCUAAUGGAUGCAAUCAACGUGGGCAUUGUAUCGCCAGCAGCGUUUGCAGUUGCUUUCGUGGCUACAGGGGCAGCCAAUGUGAGAUUGACUGCGGAUGUGGGCAUCACGGCCAAUGUGAUUCAAAUAACGAGUGCAUUUGUGAUCAAGGCUGGCGCAAAUCAGCCGUGGGCUGCGAGUGGGACUGCAGCACUGUGGAUACACUGGGAUGCACUGGUCCAGGUCAAAGUGCAUGCUCCGCUUGCCAAUAUGGUACUUGCAUUGAUGGCCAGUGCCAUUGCUGGGCAGGAUAUUAUGGCACAGACUGUUCCACGUUGGACAGCAAUCUACUGGCGCACAAAGGUGCGGCUUUCGGGAUCAAUGUUGCCACCACACCCUCCACUUUUGUGGAUGUUAUGAAGACGACCCGCCAUUGGACCAGCAUUUGGGAUGCUGACACCCAACCAGGGCAGUUUUCCUACCAGGGGGGAAGUGUGAUGUGGACAAGCCGGCAAUAUGAGUGGGGCAAUGGUUUGGAAAUCAAUGAGACCUUUGAUGGCUAUGUUGCUUCCUUGAAGCAGGACCAGGCCUUGAUCACGUUGGCGCUUCGAGAUGUUUGCCUUCAUGCACCCCAUGGUCGCUACGUGGUGACCUAUGAUGGAGAUGGUGAGAUUGAUUUUGCCAUGGACGCAAACCCGGUGGCAUUUCAAAAAGGCCGUAUUGACGUAGACUUUCAGCCAACAUGCAGACGCGAAUGCUGGUUCGACAAAGCCAACUGGCUCCCCUACUGCAGCGAUAAUGGCAUUGCCAUCACAAUACGAAGGGUCAACCCCAGCAACCCGUUGCGGAACGUUCGGAUCAUUAUGCCAGGCUUCUUUGCGACACAUGAGUUGGAACCGUUUCAUCCGUGGUUUCUGAAGAACCUGGAGCGCUUCUCUACUGUACGCUUGAUGGACUGGACUCACAUCAAUUCAGAACACUUCAUCAAACGGACGCCCUACACAGCUCGAUAUGUGCGCUUCACUUCUACUGCUACACAUGGUGGCGGUAUACCCAGGAUGUCAGAGCUUCUCCUGAAGACAUCAAUGGGCGAACUACUGAGUUGCAUGUCCAGCGUUCUGGAACUUUGUGAUGGCGACCCUGGCACGGAUUGGGCGCCUGUUCCAGUUCUGGCAGCGACUGAGUACAGCGUGAUCGUUGAACUUGCAGAAGGUUCGGCUAUCAGCAGCUACAUGUGGAUGACUUCUGGUUGGAACCGCCGAGUAGAUCCUGUGAUGUGGCGGCUGGAAGUGUCUGAAGACAACCAAACAUGGACCGUGGCUGAUGAGCGGAGCACGCUCCAACCAAUCACAUACUAUCGCAGACGGAUCGCUUCCUUCGGUAGCCCAGAGGAGGACUCCUGGUAUCCGCUGCGCAAAGCCAACGAACUCUGGGAAUGGGCGGAUCGAGUCUUACCAUCGCACAGGUCACAGACAACAGGUCCAGUAGCACUGGAGUACCAGGUCCUUUUAGUAAACACUCUUGGAGCAUCCCCUUGGGUCACAGUUCAUCACCUCGCUUCGGAUGAUUAUGUGCGACAAGAAGCAAGCUUUUGGCUCCAGCAUCUUCGACCUGAUGUUCAGGUCUACGUGGAGCACAGCAAUGAGGUCUGGAAUCCACUCUUCCCACAAGGUCGCUAUGCUACUCAGAAGGGGACUGAGCUUGGCCUAGUGGAUGGUACGUGCAGAACGCCUCACUGUGGCCGUGUUCGAUACAAUGCCUACCGUUCAAAACAGAUCUUUGACAUUUGGGCAGAUGUUUGGAGCAGCGGGAGCCGAAGUCGCUUGAAGUUUGUCAUUUCCACACAGGCUGUUUGGGGAGAUGCCACAAACGACCUGCUAUCUCUUAAUAGCGGAGCUGGUGCAGAUCUCUUGGGAAUUACUGGUUACAUGUCUCCGCAAGGUGGAAUUGACCAAAGUUACUCUGCGAAAACACCUGCCGAAGUGAUUGAGCUCUUCACUUCGGGGAAAGAAUCUGCACGAAGCUGGGUCAAGGAACAGAAGGCCAUUGCAGAUGCAGCUGGUCUAGGCAUUACUUUCUAUGAAGGAGGAGUCGGACUGGUGGAGGAUGGGACCAUCGAAACUGGCCAAGCCAUCGGUGCAAUCACUGAGCUGCUGAUGGCCACAGGUCGCUCGGCAGCCUUCCAAGGAGCAGUGGAAGCCUGGCUCGACAUGUUCCGAGAGGAGCUUGGCGAUGCUCUUUUUAUGUACUUUGUGGACACCGGUUUCUGGUCCAAAUAUGGUCAGUGGGGCAACCGAGAAUACUAUGACGCUGCCACAGCUACAUCCCCUGCAGCAGCAGCUGUCCACGCUUACUUGGACAGGCUUGCUGGCAGCCGCCCAGCCUGUGUUGCUCAAAACUCUGCCGGGAGGGGUCUUCCUCCAGAUAGCUUUCUGGGUCCACCAGCAGUGUGGAAACCAGCACGAGGAGACAUCCUGGUGAAGGGCAAGCGGUACAAAUUGAGCUGGGGAGAUCCCGAGCGGCUCCCAAUUGACCUCCUGCUGGACUUCCAUUUGUGGCAGAGGAGCUCUUGCCCUGGUGAAGCUGCCUCGGAUAUCCAUCUAGGCUUUGCAAAUGCAGCAGCCGGCACUUUCACGUGGGAAGUGCCUUCAUCCAUCGAGGCAGGAGACGAAUAUUUUGUCGAGCUUCGAGCAAGAGCUCCAGCAGCCUUUCCCUCCAACUACAGUUCUUUCUUCUCAGUUGUCAAUCAGGUAGAUGCGCCGCCUACAUACCUCUUGUAUGUUGAGAAUGAUGUGGACCUUCUGUCUGCAUUUCAUCGGGAUUGCAAGAAGGGUGAUGAAUGGGCCAUCCAGCCACACUUUCGGAUUAGCUCCUGCGUUUACAGCUCCGCUGAAGGCUGCCGGCAAUAUCGCACAUCUCGAUCGCACGAUGGCCCCCCACCGUACUUGCACGGCUCUGGUUUGCCCUUAAAAGACUGCACGUUGCAUGUCGUGGGUCUUCGGCAAACCCUGCGUUUAGAAGGACUCACGCGAGGCUUUGACUUGACAGCAGAGGAUUCCCUCGCAAGAGCUGUCUCAAAUGCAUCACAGCUUCCUCCAGGAGCUAUUGCGAUUACAGUUGUAGGUGGCUCUGCAGGACGUCGUUUGGCCGAGGCUACUGGUGUAGUUACAUUGGAACUCAGUAUGACAUCGGACGAUUCCGGAGUUGGCUCAGCAGCGUUGAGCUUGUCAAGUUUAUCAAGCAACACAAUUUUUCUUGGAGAAGCAGCAAGCGCCCUCGGUGCACCGAGUUUGUCCGUCGUGACGGGCAAUUUAUCGGCAGUUGAUGGCUCAUCCGCAGAGGUGGUGGUGCAAUACCUUCAGACUGAGACAACAUCUGGCGACACCUCAACAUCACUGUGGAACUUAGCAAGCGAAAGUAAUAUUUAUUUUUCCAGAGAGUAUACACUUCGGUUGAGCCAGCUAUUUCUUACUUUCGCUCGCAUGCAUCGCAUCUUGAAUCCAAGGAGUUCCAUGAGUGGUACACAGAGCAGCACUUCGAGUAAAUCACCAAGCACAUCAAGCACCACUCUGCCUCCGGAAUUGAACACCAGUAGCAGCACCAAUGCUGACACCUCCGUUAAUGAAACAAGCGUCAGCACCGUCAGCACCAGUGCUGAGUCAGCGCAAGUCUCCUCAAGCACCACGAACUCCAUUCUUGGUGGUGACUCCGAUGCCAAGUCAUUCCUCGUGUUCCCGUUCAACUGGAUGAUAUGGCCGUGUUUGUUGUUCGCGGCCCUUAGGUGAUGAGCGAAGUGGAAUGUUUAGCUUCGAGUGAGAGCAGCUUCAGGUCGUUUAAAACCGGUACCGAUUUGUACCAGCUGCUCACGUAUGUAGUGGUUUGCAGCCAGCGCUGGGCGAGAGGGCCAGCUCAAGAAACCCAAAAUUUGGUCUCCUGCCUAAGGCAAGAUCGCUCACAGAUUGCCAAAGGCAAUUCGGUGUGACAGGAAUUUCCCAGAUAUUUCUAGCACAAGAUUGACAUCGGCAACAAGAUGCCGAGGUUUUCACCUUUGGAUGGCGUGAGGGGCUCAAAA